AUGAAGGCAGGACAACUGCCACUCCGAAUCUGGGUGAUAAGCCUGUGCAUUUGGCUAACCAACGAGACCACAUCCCCACCCUCCACGGAGCCCCCGGCGACCACCACCACCACAGCCGCCACCACCACCGCCGCCUCCACCACCGCCGCCACCACCAGCGCCGGCACGUCCUCGAAGAGGCAUCGCAAGAGGCAUCGCUACAGGAUCAAGAAGUGGAAGAACGUGAUGAGGCGCAGGGUGCGUGACUACCGGACCACCACUGCCAGUUCCAGGAUCAGGACCAGAACUAGGACCCGGACCCGGACCAGGACCAGGACCAUACCCAGGAUCAGGACCAGGACCAGGCCCAAGACCAGGAACAGGAAUCGGUUGGGCAGGCGUGUCAGUUUGGGCCGACUCAAUAGGCUGCUGCGCCGCCGCAAGCGGAAUAGCUUCCCAAACCCAUAA